CUCUAUAAAUAAUUAUCGAUGGUCUAUAAAAUAGUUGGGUAUUCUAGACAACAAAAGAUACAGAAGAAGAAACGGUAGAGGAGAGAGAGAUCAUUAAACAUGGCUACGAAACCUGGGAUUCUCACUAACUGGCCAUGGGAAUCACUUGGGAACUUCAAGUACGUGAUCUUGGCCCCGUGGUUGGUUCACAGCGCUUAUUCAUGGGCAACGAAUGCAGGAAACGAGAAGGACCUUGCCAACUUCCUCAUAUUCAUAUUUCUCACGACAAGAAUCCUUCACUGCCAAAUAUGGGUGUCUUAUUCCCGUUACCGAACUGCCAAAGGAACCAACAGGAUCGUUGAUAAGGGCAUCGACUUCGAGCAAGUUGACAGAGAAAGCAACUGGUCAAUCUCUAUACUCCAUUGCUGUUUAAUUGCCUGUGAUCUUGGCACUAAAAUGCAGAAAUUGAUGGAUAUGUUUGGCAGGGAUGAUCAGAUCAUAUUAAUUGGAAUUAUAUUGUACUUGGGAAAUAUGAUACUGCCAGAAGCAUCUCACCUUCCCAUAUGGAGAUCAGAUGGAGUUAUAAUCACAAUUCUACUUCAUACGGGUCCUGUCGAGUUCCUUUAUUAUUGGCUCCACAGGGCAUUGCACCACCAUUACCUCUACUCUCGCUACCACUCCCAUCACCAUUCUUCUAUAGUGACCGAACCCAUUACUUCGGUAAUUCACCCAUUCACAGAAAUAAUCUCUUACGUUCUGCUCUUUAUGAUACCAAUGCUGACAACGAUCUCAAUGGGAACAGCUUCCAUCGUAUCAUUAUUUGGUUACGUAACUUACAUUGAUUUCAUGAAUAACAUGGGACACUGUAACUUUGAAUUCAUCCCGAAACAGGUCUUCUCAAUCUUCCCUCCACUCAAGUAUUUCAUGUACACUCCUUCAUUUCAUUCUCUCCAUCACACUCAAUUUCGAACCAAUUACUGCCUUUUCAUGCCGUUUUAUGAUUAUAUUUAUGGAACAAUGGACAAGUCUUCCGAUGCUCUGUAUGAAGCUUCGUUAAAAAGGAAAGAAGAAUCACCCGACGUUGUACAUUUAACACAUUUGACCACACCAGAUUCCCUCUUUCAUCUUCGUCUAGGACUCGCUUCCUUGGCCUCCAAGCCCCACCAGGCUCCCACCAUGCUCGUGUGGCCCGUCACGUUUUGGUCUGUGUUGGUGACUUGGAUUUACGGCCAUGCCUUCGUUUCAGAGAGGAACACCUUCGAGAAACUCAAACUACAAUCUUGGGUGGUACCAAGAUACAAUAUGCAAUAUCUUUCUCGAGGACAAAGAGGGAAAAUCAAUAACUUAAUUGAAGAAGCUAUAUCAGAGGCAGAUAAGAAGGGAGCUAAGGUGCUGAGUUUAGGGCUUUUGAACCAGGAUGAACAGCUUAACGGGAAUGGAGAGCUCUAUAUCCAAAGGCACCCUAAGCUUAAAAUCAAGGUCGUGGAUGGAAGCAGUUUGGUGGCGGCUGUGGUGGUGAACAGCAUUCCUGAAGAAACAAGGCAAGUAGUUCUGAGGGGCAAGCUUUCUAAAGUAGCUUAUGCCAUAGCCCUGGCUUUGUGCCAAAAGGGUGUCAAGGUUGCUGCAUCGAACGAUGAUGAAUAUAAGAAGCUGUUAAAGCACGUAGACAAGUUUGGAGACAAUUUGAUUCUUACAGAAAGAUAUGAUCACAAGAUAUGGUUGGUGGGAGAUGGGCUGACCCAAGAAGAACAGUUGACGGCACCCCAAGGAACAAUAUUCAUUCCAUUUUCCCAAUUCCCACCAAGGAAAGUUCGCAAAGAUUGCUACUACCACAGUACUCCGGCCAUGGUGGCUCCCAAGUCUCUUGAGAACAUGCACUCUUGUGAGAAUUGGUUGCCAAGAAUGGUAAUGAGUGCAUGGCGAGUGGCAGGGAUAGUUCAUGGUUUGGAAGGAUGGGAUGUUCACGAGUGUGGUCACACCAUUAUUGGGAUUGAGAAAGUUUGGGAGGCCACUCUUCAACAUGGGUUUCGUCCUUUGUCAAUCCUUGCUUAGAGCCCUGAGGAAUAAAUAUCAAUAUAUCAUCUAUAUUCAGAUGAUAACUAAUAAGAUAUUUGGAAUAAUCUUUGUAUUUUGUAAUUUAUUGUAAUGUUUUUGAAAUUGCUAUUAAGUGGCAUAAUGCUUGAAACAAGUUCUUACGUUAUUAAAAAAAAUUCAAAUAAGCUUUUGAUCAA